AUGAACAGUCAAAUAAAUGAUGUAAUGGGACUUUGCAGUAAGAUAUCAGAACACCAAAAAAUAAAAGUAGCAAUAGAGAACUGUAAGAAAGGAGCUGCAACAGCCAGAGGAGGGGCUUUAGUAGGGGGAGUGGUAGGAGGUCCACCUGGUAUAUUUGUUGGUGCGACAGUAGGAGGAGCGCUGGGAUGGUGGAUGACCAGCGGUAAAUUCCAACCUCUUCAUCAGAUCAUAAUGGAGAUGACUCCUGAACAAAAGCAGAAACUUUACUCUGAUGUCAUGGCAGUGCUGGGCAAUCUAAACUGGGACGACCUUGCUCAAUUAAUUUCACUUGUAAUGGGGAAUUCCUCUAUGCAAAUGCGUGUACUUAGUACUAUAGUUACAUAUGCCACAAAAGAGAUGGGAGCUAAAGUAGAAUAUGGAGACUGAGAUACUGGCGUAGGCUUACCUGUUUAGGUUAAGUGUGACUGUCUAUUUUUGAAUUUUCUUUACCAUACAAUCAAAACAAUCAAAGACAAAAUUAGACAAAAUUCCUUGGUCCUUAGUAAUUUAAAAAUGCUGUCAGUCCCAAAAUUUGUGUAAUUGCAUUUGUUGUUGCAAGAAUAUUCAUUUCAAGAACAUUCAACAGUACUUCUAAAACUUCUGUUAAAUUGGCAAAGAACAAUGAAAAGUUGAAGUAAGCAUUGUGUAAAUUUACAUGAAAUCAAAUACGCACAUAUCCCCAUGGGCCAUGGGACUGUAUCA